AAUUUCCCACAUCAAAACUAAGUUGAAGGUUUUCUUGUUUUUUGAAUUUUUUUUUUUUUUUCCUUUCUCUAGCUUACUAGUAUCAUAAACAUUAUGGCAAGCUCUAUGUUUGUGAAGCUGAUUUCCAUUGUAGUGUUGUGCAUGGUGGUGGGUGCACCGCUAGCCCAUGCCAUAACAUGUGGCCAAGUUACCAGCUCCCUUGCACCAUGCAUAAACUACGUCAAGUCUGGCGGAGUUAUCCCUCCCGGCUGCUGCAGCGGGAUUAAGUCGUUGAACAGCGCGGCCAAGACCACUGCCGACCGCCAGGCCACUUGCAAUUGCUUGAAAAGUGCUGCUGGCAGUAUUCCCGGAAUCAACUUUAACCUCGUUGCCGGACUUCCUGGCAAGUGCGGUGUUAAUAUUCCUUACAAGAUCAGCCCCAGCACCAACUGCGCCAGCGUGAGGUGAGCUUGAUGGAAGAUAAAAUUUCAGUCACAGAAUAUAUAUAUAUAUAUAUAUUAAAUUAGAAUAAAAUGGGUCCUCAUGUGGGAUCGACACGUGGCUGCGGAGUUGUUUUAUUUUAUAUUGUAUUAUUAUGUGAGAUGCUGGAGUGUGGUUCAAAUCAAUGUGAUAAUUACUUAUAACUA